AUGGCAUCCGUGGUCGCCAAGUGGGUGAACAGAGGGCCCGGCACUUCCAAUUUUAACCCCACAAUGACGAUGCAGGGCGAUAUGUACCAUUACAUGGGUCCCAUGAUGCCAUCCGAAGGGCGGGCGCCUUCCUACGCUUCCGUUUACAUUCACGACAGUGACUACGCCACCCACACGCGUACAACGCUUGGAAACUCUAGACGACUGGAAGAGGCAUUGAUGACGCAACUAACGCACAUGCUGCACGAAUGCAACCCCUACGUGCAGACAUUUCUGUGUAUGCGAGAAUGGGCUCAAUCUCCUCACAACAACACUCCAGCCGCGUACCAGAUGGUCAUCCAUGCCGACCGCAGGCCAAGCCAUGAGCACGUGCGCCGGUACAAUAGUCCCGAAGCUUCUGAAGUGGCUGCAUUGAUCCCUGGAAAUGAAUACGGAGAGAUUGGGCGAAGAGAUAUCGUCGUUCGCAGGCGAGGGACUCUGAACAGUAACGGGAACGAAGUGUUGGAUCCGAUUUCAGUCAGUCAUCGUGCAUACGAUCCAUUGAGUUACGUGCUUUUGUUCCCGAACGGUAGAGAUGGAUGGUAUCCAGAGCUUCGAUUCUCCAGUGAGGACGACGGCAGACGUACCAAGAUAACUCCGAUGAUGUUCUACGGAUGGAAUUUGUUCGGAAGGGCAGGCGAGUUCAGCACGAUCUUACACGCAGCGCGAAUCUUUCAGCAAUAUUUAGUUGACCGGUUCUGCAAAGUGGAGGCAGAAAGGCUUUCGUAUCUCCGCCACAACCAGACACAGCUUCGAGCGGCGGACUACACCUCAGUUCGCGACAGCCUAGGAGACUCCGGUCGUGCUGAAGAUGAAGCCGACGCUGUACGUGCAGGACGACUGUUCAUUCUCCCUUCUACGCACAUCGGAUGUGACCGCUACAUGAGGCAGCAGAUGCACGACAUCAUUGCUAUAUCUAACCAAAUUGGCCACGCGGACAUAUUCCUCACCAUGACAUGUAAUCCUAGCUGGUCGGAGAUCACAAGAGCCCUGCUGCCCAAUCAAACUCCUCAGGACAGACCGGAUCUGUGCGCACGUGUGUUUCUCAUCGAAUUUCAGAAACGAGGUCUGCCCCACGCUCACGUGCUAUUCUUCCUAGAUGAGGUCUCCAAGAAUGAUCUGCGUAAUCCCGAAAACGUCGACCGCAUUAUCUCUGCCGAGAUCCCGUCUCCACAAGAUCCAGAACUCCAAGAGGUCGUGCUUAAGCAUAUGAUUCACAAUCCAUGUGGAGAACGCAAUCCAACAGCCGUGUGCAUGGGCGGGCAGUACUGCAGGAAAAGGUUCCAAAACCGUUCAAACACGAAACCGGCCAGUCCGAAAGUGAGUGGCGUCUCCAUCGAGCGUCCCUCCCGUAUUGGCCGACGACAGCAAUCCGUCGUGGUCGACAACUCCUGGGUCGUUCCCCACAGUCCUCUGCUUCUGAGAUCGUUCGCUUGCCAUUUGAAUGUGGAACUCUGCGUGUCAAGCGUUGGCGGAAUCAAGUACCUCUUCAAGUAUGUGUUAUUCUCCUUUGAUAUUGUGGAUCGCAAUCCUCCAGUGGUCAGACGUUCAGUGCGUCUGCCCACCCACCAUACGGUUUACUUUGAGAAAGGAAGAGAGCAGGAGGCGGCGCUUCGACCGGCAUCAGGUACGAAGCUGACCGAGUGGUUUAAAGCCAACGAAAAGUACCCAAGCGCGAGGCAUAUUCGGUACCACAAGUUUCCAAAGUACUUUAUGUGGAAGAAAAAGGAAGCCUACGAUUUCAGUGGCACAGGCGCCAACGUAGUCGGUCGAAUCUAUACUGUCAGUCCGAGGGAGGGUGAGCGCUACUUUCUUCGCCUCCUCCUCACACAAGUGCCGGGGGCAACAUCCUUCGAGAACUUGCGAAACAUCGACGGCGAGCAGUGCACCAGCUUCCGACAAGCUUGCUUACGACUUGGUUCGCUGGCCGACGAUGCCGACUGGAAGCACGCCAUCCGAGAUUCAUUCCGGUCAAGCUUCGUUCCCCUUUCUCAUCUGUUCGCUACGAUUCUGGCACAUUUCCAACCUUCGGAUCCUCUCUCGCUGUGGAACGACCACCUGCACAUGUUUCUCACCGAUAUUCGCAAUCGCGCACGUGGACAACCCAUUCGAAAACAUCAGCUUCGCGAUGAUCACCACGCCACAUCUUACGUGCUUGGAGAGAUACAGGAGGCCCUGCAGACGGUGCAGCCUGCCCGCUUCGAAACAGCCAAACGAGAUCCAGACACCCGAAGCACAAGCGCAGCACGCCAUGCCUUUGACGAAAUAGUAGGCUCCAUGCUUCCAGGCGUAUCCGUCUCGGCAUUUCUUCAAGGAUCCUCAAGCGCCGUUGCGGGACCUUCUAUGCGAACACAAAAUAGUCGUCUCUUCUUCCUCGAUGCUCCUGGCGGAACAGGCAAAACAUUCGUGCUCAGCGCCAUUCAAGACUUCCUUCGUUCGCGCCGCAAGCAAGUCAUCGCCGUCGCUACAUCUGCUGUUGCUGCAGUGUUGCUCGACGGUGGACGCACCGCUCAUUCCGUGUUCAAGAUUCCCAUUCCUGUAUCUGCCGAAAGCACUUGCAACUUCUCCACAAACUCCGAUACCAGUCGUACAUUGCAACAAGUCGAUCUUAUCAUAUGGGACGAGAUCGUCAUGUGCCGUCGAAACUGCAUUGAGACUGUCGAUCGCUCCCUUCGCGACUUGAUGCAAACCGACCGGCCCUUCGGAGGAAAGUUCCUCGUGCUCGCUGGAGACUUUAGACAAAUCCUUCCCGUCGUUCCAGGCGGGUCCAAAGGUCAAAUCGUGAGCGCGUGCGCAAAUCUUCCGCGCUGUAUCGAGAGUGCCGAUUCCUGUGCCUUACCGAGAACAUGCGCCUCCCUGCUCUCCAGGCGGACCCUGCAGCAGAUGCGGAGGCUCUCAACACUUCAAUGCGAACAGCGCCCGGAAUGGAUUUCACUACCACAGUCCGUAGCGUUCGAGCACAACAUCCGCAAUUUAUGCCUCAAGGUCUUCCACGGCAUUCGAGACAAUCACGCCGACCCUACAUGGCUCACCAAGCGCGGUAUACUCACUACAACGAACAGACCGCUCGAACAGGUCAACAAAGUCAUCGGCAACAUGAUGCCGGGACCGUAUCGAACAUAUUUAAGCGCAGAAAAGGUCGAGAGCGAAGACACCAACGCGCUGAUCUAUCCCACGGAAAUUCUCAACACCUUGACGGCCGGGUCUGCUCUACCAGACCACAAGCUCAAGCUCAAGAAAGGUUUCAUCAUCAUGCUUCUGCGCAAUCUCGAUCUCACUUCCGGUCACGUCAACGGCGCACGAUAUGUCAUCGAGAAAAUGACCAACAACCUACACUUUCUACGCGUUACCUCAGGGUCACAUGAAGGCAACAGACUCUGCCUUCCACGAAUGCCCUGCGGACCAGGCGACGACAACUUUCCCAUCCCUGGAUUUACUCGAACGCAGUUCCCCAUUCGCACGUGCUUCGCCCUUACAACGAACAAAGCUCAAGGACAGUCCUUCGGUGGCCGCAUUGGUCUGGACCUACGAGAUCAUUGCUUCUCGCACGGUCAACUCUACGUCGCAUUAUCGAGGACUACUCACUCCAGCAACGUCACUAUCCUCACUCGAGAGUCUGGUGCGACAACGCGAAACGUAGUGUACCCCGAGGUCCUUCAGUAG